CCUCGACUCUGCAAAGUCUUACCAGAGAGGCAAACCCUUCUUUCUUCUCUGUCAAAUAUCGAUGGCCAGCAACAGCAAGAAGAGACAACUCAAUAAUGACCUUAACCAAGGCCUCAUCAGAAAACACCGCCACCAUCACUCUCCCUCCUCUUCCUCAAUAAGCAAGAAACCCUCUUUCCAAUCUUAUCUUGAAACCCCAAAUCUCCCACCAACAAUCAAACUCCUCUGUGAAAUCAUAGCAAACACACCUUCUCAUAAUGUGGAAUCAGUUCUUGAUGCCACUGUUAUACGUGUUAAACAAACCGAUGUAGAACAAGUUCUUAAAUUGUCUUAUUCUUCACCUGGCUCAGCUGUCAAGUUCUUCAGAUGGGCUGGCUUGCAACUUAAUGACAAACAUAGUCCUUAUUCUUGGAAUCUUGUUGUUGAUCUUUUAGGUAAGAAUUCUAUGUUUGAUGCUAUGUGGGGUGCUAUUAAGUCUAUGAAAAGAGAAAACUUGGUUUCUUUAGCUACUUUUGCUUCAGUUUUUAGUAGUUAUGUUAUUGUUGAUAGAGUUAAAGAAGCUAUUAUGACUUUUGAAGUUAUGGAUCAAUAUGGUUGUACUCGAAAUGUUGUUGCUUUGAAUUCUUUGUUAAGUGCUAUUUGUCGAGAAGGUAGAACUUUUGAUGCUGUUGAGUUUUUACAUGUGGCAAAGAAUAGGAUUUUACCUGAUGCUGAUUCAUAUGCGAUUUUAUUAGAGGGGUGGGAAAAGGAAAUGAAUGUGGCUAGUGCGAGAACGACUUUUGCAGAUAUGGUGAGCAUGGUUGGUUGGGAUCCAAGGAAUGUUCCGGCAUAUGAUACGUUUCUGAGUACUUUGCUUAUGGGGUAUGAUGGGUUGCGCGAGGCGAUGAAGCAUUUUGACACGAUGAAGGAUAGGGGCUGUUUUCCUGGGGUAAAGUUUUUUAGACUAGCACUUGAAGAGUGCUUGAAGUGUAAUGAUGUUAGAGCGGCUAUGUUGAUUUGGGAGACAUUGGUGGCAAGGGUUGGGUUUAGGCCUGAUAUUCAGCUGUAUAAUUUGAUGAUUGCUAUACAUUGUUAUGAUAACCAAACUGAUAUAGCGAACAAGUUUUUGGAUGAGAUGAUUUAUAAUGGAGUGUUCCCUGACUCACAAACAUAUAAUGUGCUGUUCCAAUACUUGAUUAAGUAUAAAAAGUUGAAGGAGGCAUCAUUUGUGCUCAACGAGAUGAUCAAGAAUGAAUUCUUUCCUAACAAAGCAAAUUGCAAUGCUGCUAUUAAGGCAUAUAUGGAUUCGAAGGAACCUUAUAUGGCUAUAAAAGUGUGGAAAUGCAUGAUGGAGAAUUAUGGUGAAUCAGACUUGGAAGAGGCUGGAAAUAUGUUGGUUGUUGAGCUCCGCUAUCAUCAUAUGGUUCCAGAAGCAGUAAAGUAUGCCGAGGUUAUGAUUGAAAAGGGAAUCAAGUUGACCUCUUCGUCAUUAUCAAAGUUGAAACAGAUGCUUACUGAGGAGAAGAAGCCAAUUUUGUAUGAGGAACUUCUGAGAAAGUGGAAAGCUCAUCGGGUAGACUAAAAUCUGUUGAAACUAAAUAAUAUUAGUAAUGCUUACAUUAACUGGUGUCUUACAAUUAUUGCUGCAGGACUUGCACACAUGUUUCAUGCUGUAUAAAAAAAAGACCACAUGACCCUAAAUGGGUGCCCUAGCCUUUUUUAUCAUAAUGCUAUUUAAAAUUGUGACUCUUA